UAUAACUAUAAAAACUCAAGCAACAUAUAAUGCGUACUUAGUUCUUAGUGAACAUUCAAUAUAGAUCUUACUUACUCGAGCUCUACGACAACUUCAAAAGGAAGAUGAAGAUACUCGCUAUUGUCUUUGCCUUCUGCUUCGUCGGAGCAUUGGCUCUGUCAGAUCACAAAAAGGCCCAAUUGGCACGAUUUAGGACAUCUUGCGCCAUAGAAACUAGCAUUAAUCUACAGUUAAUAGAAGACGUGAAGAGACAAACUAUACCUAUGAACGACGGCAGACUUGGCUGUUUCACCUACUGUAUUCUGAGGAAGAUGGGUAUCGUAGAGGAGAAUGGAAAUCUCUGGAUAAAAAAUAAUGUUGCCAAACACCAGCUGAUAAUGUGGGGAAGCCCCUGGCAUACAGCUAAUAAACUUGUCAAAGAAUGUCAAAAUAUCAAUGGUGCCAACGAAUGUAAGAAAGCUAGUAACUUGGUAGGGUGUUUCAUGAAGAACAAGAGCUCCUAUAAGAGACUUCUACAUAUUACUAAACUGCUAAGUUCUAAUGAAUAAGGUGUCUACGAUUUUAUGUACUACGAACAGGUAUAUAACAACUCCUUCUGCGCAUACGCUUUGAUAGCGUAUGUCACGUAUGUACAUAUACAACAUAAUUAUGAUUGUAGCAUAGAAAAUAUUUUAACAUCUGUAUUAGAAACGUAAAGCAUACAACUUAAAUGAAACAAAAUACAAUAAUGUAAAAAAUGCAAAGUUAAAUUUUCAUUUCGAUAUUACAAUGAAAGUACAUACGCUAGGAUAUAUCGAUAGAUAUAUCGUAUAUAGUCAUGAUCAGCAUUAUUUUGUUCAUGAAAAUCUGAACAAUCCAACUGAAAUUAUGUUAUAACAAUGAAAUAAAAAGUAUAAAAGCAAAAGUACGUUUUGUGUUUCGGCAGUUCAUUAAUAAUUGCGUUAUCGUCCCGUUGGUACAAAUCAUAGGUAACACCGGGAAUUGUUUCGAGCGAUUAGUUUCGUGGAGUAGUGGAGAUAGCUCGUUAACAAAUUUAGAAGGAUUUUGUACUUACUAGGUGUGUACGGAUAUACGAAAUUAUGCCCACGGGGCAGGCUUGGAAAAACGCAUAUGAAAUAAGUACGACUAUGUCUUUCACAAGAAUAAUCAAGCUCAGGAUAAGUCGCUCCGACAUCACACAUUCUCAUCUUAUCAGAAAACAGAAUCCGGUGCCCUGUGAAUACUGCAACACCAACAACACCAUCGGAUAUUUACUUUGCUAUAUUUGCUCUACACUACACCAAAUUCAAGGGCACAAGGUGCAACUUAAAGAUAUUCGACAAUAUAUAAUCAUUUCUAACUAGUAGAACAAAACGUAAAAAACCUCUAAGCUUCUUGAAAGAAACAUGUAAAUAUUUUUUAACAUUUAUAUAUUUAUACAAUACGUGUAACUGUAGUCACGAAUAUCUUACCAAUGGAUAUGACGAUAAACAAUAAAUAAAAAGAAAAUUAAAGAUGAUGACACAAGACAAAGGAAGAGAAGAAGAAAGGAUUAGUAUCCUAUGAUGUAUUAUGUUCGUGUCUAUUUAUAUUAUUCUUGAAACGCCCUAAAAGCCAUAGGACUAUGCCUUAACAGUUAGAACCAACCGACCAACCGACCAGCAAUCGAAAAAGGGAUAUUCAUAAGCAAAAUCAACAUAACUGAAUUUUAUAUGUUAUUUGAUCUCAUUUUAAUCGAGAAAAUGUCAGCAAUAUGUUAAUGAAAUUUUCAUUAACAAAAUAUUAAAGAGAAAAGAAUGUUUUGUCGUUGCAUUAGAGUUGUCUCACGGAUAUCAAGGCGGAAGGAAUUUCACUGUGCGAUUUUAUCGGGUCUUUAAGAUCUGGUUAACGUUUAAAGCUCUUUAUAAAGCGGUCACAACGAGCCCAAGCUGUGCCAAAUCCGAAUCCAAUCUGAGCUUCAGUUUCGGCGAGCUUCCAUCCAGAAAAUACAAUACCGUUUGCCGGUACACAAUGGAGGGAGAAAUUACGGGACGUGUUAUUAUUAAUGAUUGUACCUAUAACUAUAAAAACUCGAGCAACAUUUAACGCGUACUUAGUUCUUAGUGAACAUUCAAUAUAGAUCUUACUUACCCGAGCUCCUCGACAACUCGGAAAGGAAGAUGAAGAUACUCGCUAUUGUCUUUGCCUUCUGCUUCGUCGGGACUUUGGUAAAUUUCAACAUUACUUGAUUGCAAUCAUCUAAUUUGUUUAAUAGACUGUUUCUUUCUUUUAUUAUAUUUAUAUUUUUGUUUCGAGUAUCAUAAUUCGUAAUUAUUUCGGUGUUGGGAAUUCAUUGCAAAUAUCGUCAUAGAUGGAUAAUAUAAUCUCAUUAUUUUUAAUGGAUUAGAACGAUAAUUUCGUGGCUUGUUAUACGAUUAAAACGAUAUAUAAGAAAGAAUUCAUUGAUUGUAAAACCAGGACUCUUUUAAUAUAUAAAAUAAAAGAAAUAUAAUAAUUCGAUCAUAAAAUUUCUUCUCUUUGAUGCUCUUAGUAUGUGAAAAUAUCUCGAAUUACGAGAUACUUCUGGAUUUCCGCAUACUACGAUUAAAAAAUUAACUAUAAUAUCGAAAAAGUUUAUUUAUAUUCUGAUUGUAUAUUUACAAUCUGCGAGCUUUAAUCAUUUAUAGUUAACCUAUUGACAACAUUUCACCCAAUAUUUAUUUAUAUUUUAAAGUCUUUAUAACGUAUCGUAAUAUUUCCAGGCAUUUUCGAAUAUCGUAAAAGCCAAGGUGGAACGUUUCAGGGCAUCUUGUAUCACAGAGACUAGUAUCGACCCAAGGUGCUAAGAAAGGCAUUAUAUCUAAGGCAGACGAGAGACUUGGUUGUUAUACGUACUGUAUGCUGAGGAAAAAGGGAAUCGUAGAAGAGAAUGGACACCUUUGGGUAAAUAUUGCCAAGAGACAGUUGAUAACCUACGGAGCUGACGCGCUAAUGGCUGAUGAAAUGG